AUGAAGACUCGCCUGACGUACAUCCACGAAGGCGACAGCGAGUUCGACGCUGACCAGGCCGCCGUGAGCCAGACCGCGAUCUCCAUCCGAGCCUUGAAAGCAGCUAAGCAGGAGAGGAUCUUGCUCGAUUAUACCGAGCUCCCUCAUGAGAUACGACAAGUGUUGAAAAACUGCCGCGACCUGCGCAUUCGCUGGGCCUCCGAACGACCAUACGCUGCUGUUGCGCCGUUCAGCAGCAGAGUCUCUCCGGGGCUGCAUGUCGUCUUUACGCCAGCCAGCAGCGGUUCAUCUGGUGAACCUCUAUGCCGUCUGCUACAGAAAAGCUUCAGUAACCAGAUUGACUGCACCAUUUCUCCGAUAUCAUCUUCUCCAUCUUCAUUUAUACCAACCACCGAUCCCUACGCACGGCUAAAACUCCAAACACUGCUCCCAUCCCUACAUCAGCUUAUUAACUACCUCGAUCGAUAUGUUUGUCGGGAGAAUACUGAAUGCCGCAACCGCAUUACUUCGAUUUCAUCAGCUUCUUCACUGGAUAUAGAUUACAAUGAUUCCACGGCUUAUCUUAUGGUGGCUGCAUAUUGGCCUGGCGCUUCAGAAAAGACAGGCUGGACAGAAGUGAUCAACGCACCUAAACAUGACGGAGAUCGGGUUGAGAUUGGAAUAUUAGCGGAACAGAAUGCCUUAAAACCAGAGGAAGUUAGAAUGGGCGGGAUGUUAGCCGAUAUAGGGCGGAAAGCCGAGCUAACUCCCACUCUAUUCAGCUUCAACUCACGACACCACCCUAUGCAGUCCACAUAUCGCACACAAUUUACAUCUCCCACCGGCCUCCACCCCACUCUCCAGCUCUCCCUACAGAAAUCGUCCCUCUACCCGCCUACCAAACUACCACCAGACACAACCUGCUCCUUGUACACAUAUCUUACCCUCCCAUCGACAAUAUUCGCAGAUAAAUACCAACUAUCCACUAAAGAUCCCCUCUUCCUCCAAUCCCACAACCUUAUCUCCCUACACGCCAUCCAAGGCGAAACCGACCUCGAAGCACCAAACUGGAUAACACAACAAUGGGGAUCCAACUUGCUCCUAGAACUAGCCACACCGUCGCCCGAAGUUGCAUCAGAAUACCCCCUCAUAAGCGAUGAAUGGAAUAUAACCAUCCCCCUGCACCUGCGAUACCUACAUCCUUCCCCAUCAGGAUACCGCGAUAUAUCUGUUCCCUGGCCCGUAGUUUUCUGGGCCUGUACCAACGACGACGGAGCAACGGAUGAAAAGCAGAAAAUCAACCCGUUUGAUCGCGUUAGUUUGGGAUGGGAGUCUAAUUUCCCUGCUCGGACUACGUAUUAUCACCUCCAACCUGAACCGGAACCAGCGUCAGACCUUCUCAUUGAGACGAUUAGUGUUCCAGUACUGAAUAUGAGUCGAGAUACGCAACGGAUGGAAAUACAAGUUGGAACUGCUAUGAUUAUCAUCGGUGGGUUUAUGUGGAUAUUGUGGAAACUGGGGUUAAUAACGAAUUCUUCGGCUCCCGUACAAGUACAGGAGGAGCCAGAGGAGAGUAAGAAGGAUCAAUGA